GACAACAACGUCCAACGAAACCCAGGCACGGGACCCAUUCAUCCUAGACGCUGACACGAUCACGUUGCAACAUCAACGCUUGAGGGAGAGGGUACCGCAAAUGCAGCGACAGAUCGGAGCCUCAAAGCCAGAGCCAUGCAGCUCUGAAAGGGCGCCGGUCAGUCCACUGCAACCGGGUGAAGAUAUUAGCAGGUGCUCUGCAGUCAGUCCACUUCAAACGCAGACCCUCGGAAUAGACGGGACGCUGCGUGUUGGGGAAGCACAGCAGACCGACCAUAGCGCCAUUGAUGAGUCCACGAGUCCAAAUCGCUCAUUGUCAACGGAGGCUGCACCACCACCUACUCCACGCACGCCUCGAACAUACUCCAAGUCAGUGCAAUUGCCACAGUCGACUCUGACAAACACCGAGACGCCGACCAGCAGCCGAUACUCGCUGCCUCCUGACUUAAGCACUAUGGCGGAGACCUCGAUGAAUACAACUUCCGACAUGAUCACUGACGUGGCUGUCCGCUUCUCACUGCCAAAUACCACUAUCACGAUUGGAAAGCCACAGAUUGUCACCAUCCCGCCCAGCAGCUCGCCAGAAAACCCCGAGUCGCCACCUCGCCUACCCAGAGGUAGAGGGCUUGGGCCAGAGUCAGCGCAGCACAACUCGGUGACUUUCGCAGAUCAGGUCAUGCCACUGAACAUCAACAAGUCGCAGUCUCAACGUGACCAGUAUACCAACGAGCCCACUAUAAACAAGGUGAAGUCGAUCAUACGACGUCCGCUACCCCAGGAUGCAAGCUUCGACUCAAUUCACCCGUCGUGUGAGCACGGAGAAUUACGAUACGUGUCCGGCAACGGUCUUAGAAGCAGAUUUGGCAGCGCGCACCUGCCUGGGCUCAAGGAAGAGUCUGUUGAGGACAUGAGCAUCAACGAGCAUCGCAGGCGCAGUGACUCACGUAACGGCAGUCAGCAGCUCAUCCUGCCAGCUCGCAUCGCUGCCGUCAAGGCCAUGCAGGAGCGUCGCUUGCAAGAGUCCGCCGAGAAAUCGAAGGCUCGCCGGGCUGCACGCCACUACAAUCGUCCCCUGGCCGAUCUCCGAGAUCUGCCAUCUCUGAACUUCAGUCGUAUGGACCUCAUCGACAAGUUGAACGAGGCGCUUGAGAUCCGACCUGCCAGGUCCAUGGAGAUUGUCCGUCGUCGCGACUUCUCUGGUAUCUACUGCCCGUCUCCGCAGCGCCCUCAGAGUACCGAGCCUUUACGGGAGCGCUACGCAAGCUUCUUCAGCAAGCCUGAGGACUUCGGCAGCCAUUGCGCAGACGUAGACGAGCUAGACGAUGAGGAGGACGCCAAAGAUCUGCCGGCUGCUGAUGGCAUUCCCGUCGUUGAGGUUCAGGAGUCAACCAAGCUGGAGGGGGUCGACGAACAGCAACGCAGCCGGCCGCUAUCUCUGGAAGACUUCUUGAACGUCGCAGACCAGGUCAACCGUCUCUCUAUUCCAUCAGUAAGCGGCUUGUCGGAGCGGCUGACCAACUUGCUGCCUGCAUUAUACAAUCUGCACCUUGCCGACAGCGUACCCACAAUUGAAGAGAAUGUUAAACAUGCCAUUGACGACAUCCAGCAGCUCGGCGAUGGCAAAAGACCAGACACUGUACUCUCUAAUCGCACCUCCGCAGGCUUCCAUACGCUUGCCGAGCGUGCUGAAGAGAUCGUCAAGAACGGCACUCACGACUCGAUGAUGCCGACACGGAAGCUCCUCACCGACAAGGAGCUUCCACCGUUACCAGUGUCUGCUUCCGCAGACAAGGUGUCUGCGAUCAACUCCACCGAUGGCAAGGCAUCAUACCUCACCGGCUCCGUAUCCGCUCCAUCAGACCUUGGCCAAGAGCCUGCUCGGCCUCCACCAGCCCUCGUACGUCACAAGUCACCUAUGAGCGAGGAAGAAGUCCAGCAGUUGCUGCCGCCAGAGAUGAAUCCUAUCACCCGCAGCAAGCGUUCUCUAAUCAUCUCGAGCGCCAGCAGACGUUGGAACCAGGAUGAGAACUACCCGUGGGCUGGCACUAACGUCCCAGUAGACCUCACCGUUCCGACUGAAGCUCAUACGCGCGAUCUUACUGGAGAGCUUAUCUGCAACGGCAGGUCUCUCGAGGUUACAUCUUCCGGUGAGCCUACCGAUACUACCAAAGGCAUCGAUAUCGGCUCCAUCACCAAAAACCUCGACCGCUCAGCAUCGAUCACCACAGAGCAAGCCACGGGAGUCAAUGUCCACCACCUGGGCAAGCAUUCUAGGCGCUCCAUUAUUGGUUCGAUAUCAAAGAAGAUCGGGUUCAGCACAUUGAGCCGCACGACUCAUGGCGAAGACGCUACGCGCAGCGUGCCCUCGCCGGCAAGCCGCCCGGAUGACGGCACCCUACCACAUAAGCCAGGCGAUCGCUAUCCAUCGUCCUCCCUGACUCCACCAGCAGCCUUGAAUCUUGACGAGGUGCGCUCAUUCUUUUCGGACGACAGCUCGGAGAGGCAGCAUCAUCGCCGGGCCCAUGGUGCCUCAUUCCGCAAGCGUCUGACUAAGAUGAAGGCCAAGCCAAGGCCGGUCCGACUAGAUCCUGCUGAUGACCUGGCGUACCUUGAUGGCAGCACCACAUACGAUGCCGGGUCGUUGAACGCAGAACGUGCUAUUGGCACUACCAGCUCUGCACACACCUACGACGGCAUUGGCAUGGGCAAGGCUGAGUUCCAUUUCAAGCGCUUCGGCGAGAAACUCCGGCAACUGUUCGUCCGAGGUGGUGAGCUCAUACGUUCGUUGAGCAAGAGGACGCAGACGCCACGGGCAGAGCGCGUACGGGAUGACUGGCUAAGCGACUCGUUGUACUCUGGCGUCUGAUGGGCCAAGAUUGCAUAGCAAGACCGACACCAGCCUUCCAUACGAGCUUAAGAUCAUUGUCUAGUGAUAGCGAACAUAACGCAUCGCAAGACGUAUGCCAGG